GUUGCAUCCCACAACCCCCGCAAGCAGCCCCGCCGACGACUUUCCACACUGCCAUCGAGGAGCUCACUUGACGACGAUGGCGGCAGAAUUGGAUUACGUUGCUUCAGUCGAAGAGCUCAACUUGGCACCUGAAGACGAUGACUUGCUCUCGUUCUAUUGCGCAGGCGAAUCGGACAUCCCACUCAUACGUGACUCCAACACGAGCAGACCGACCUCAUUGAGUGGGUUCGAAGGAUCUCAGGCCAUCGGUGGCAACAAGAGAUCCAUAGAAACAGCUAGCAAUGGAUCGUCGGAGCUAGACGGUCCAGAGUCCCCUACGGGUGGCGAGAACGAGCAAGGCACAGAGGAAGGACGACGACGCAAGAGACUCGAGCGCAAUCGGGAAUCGGCCAGACAAAGUCGCCGGCGAAAGAAGCAAUACCUGGAACUCCUCGAAGGCAAAGUGGCUCAAUUGACGGAAGAGAUUGACGAAGCGCGCGAGGUUCAUUUGGACUCGGCCGACAGUACCAUCAAUGCGCUCAAGAACCAACUUGUGACGUCGUUAAACAAGCUCCUGGACAAUUACCCGCCAAACACACCCCUGCCUCCUUCUGUCGACGCUGAGGUGCGCGCAGGCGUCCAUUCCAUCCAAGACCGGUUUGGGCCAAAUGCCAAGGAAAGGCAAGCUGUGGUCAAUUACCACUUCACGCAGCUCGAUAGCCUGUUGCUGCCGCCCUAUACACGGUUCUUGCUGUGGAUGAGCAUCCAGGACGAGUCCUUUUACACAAAGGCCAACACAUCACCGACACCUGGAGGAAGCGUCAAGUCAAAAUCAUUCAGAGAUGGUGACCGCAAGGACUCCGUGGCCAAGAAGGACGGUCUGUGGUCGGCGCUGUCAACGGAGCUCGGUCUAACAUAUGAGCAAGAAGAAAAGAUCAAGGGACAUUAUCGCGCGAGCGACUCGAAGACGGCCAAGUUGGAGCGCCGGAAGAUCGCAAUGGCCGUGGUAUGCUGAAUGAAAUCGCAAGCCGACAGUGUAUGCUCGUUACAACAUCCGUGUAGACGUAUCUGCACCAGCUCAAAGUAAACAUGGCGGAGAGAUCCGAGGCGGUCCAGUCGUAUUCAGACUCAAUUCAGUCGAUACUGUCCCCCGACCAAACGAUCCGAUACCAGCAGUGGGCAAUGACCAACCGCACAACACACUCAGACAUGCUUAAGGAGAACGGACUGCAGUUCGCUCCCUCGUCAGGGUUGGAUCCAAGCGCCAAGAUUAGCACGAUUUUACACAAAGAAGACCGCGACUUGACAGUGGAAGAUGUGACCUCGCUUCUCGCGACGCUGUCAAAGAAAGCGCCACCCGGUCAAGACCAAAUUGCGUCAACGACACCUGGUCAGCAUGGCCAGCGGUAACUCUGAAACUUGUGCAUUGAAUUGUCGGCCUGCUCCUCCGACCCAGUGGCAAUUGCACCACCAGAUGCUCGUUGAUUGCUGCAAACUCUUAUUAUCCAUCUAUUUCGUAAUGUACACCUCAUUGUUGAAUGCCGC